CAAGGCGGCCUGUCUUAAUCCGAGCGCGGCUCCGGCACUGCUCUCCGCUCCCCGAAAGCAGCAUCCUUCCGUCGCCGCCGGCAUGGCGGGCGUGAGCUUCAGCGUGAACCGCCUGGAGCUGCUGGCCUCCUAUCAGGAGGUGAUCGGGGAAGACAGCCCGACGGACUGGGCUUUGUAUACCUAUGAAGAAGACUCUGAUAAUCUGAAACUGGCAGCCUCAGGAACUGGUGGCCUGCAAGAGCUGUCUAGCCAUUUUGAGAACCAGAAGGUGAUGUACGGAUUCUGCAGUGUCAAAGAUCCACAGGCCACCCUGCCUAAAUAUGUCCUGGUUAAUUGGGUUGGAGAGGAUGUAGCUGAUGCCCGCAAGUGUGCCUGUGCUAGCCACGUGGCCAAAAUUGCAGAGUUCUUCCAGGGUGUGGAUGUAAUUGUCAACGCUAGCAGUGUGGAAGACAUAGACCCGGGAGCUAUUGGCCAGAGACUCUCCAAUGGCUUGGCACGUAUUGCCAGCCCAGUGCUGCACCGCCUUCGCCUGCGUGAGAAUGAGAAUGCCCAACCUGUGGGCACGGUCUAUCAGAAGACGGAUGCAGCUGUGGAGAUGAAACGCCUCAACCGGGAGCAGUUCUGGGAGCAGGCUAAGAAAGAGGAAGAGCUACGCAAAGAAGAAGAGCGUAAGAAAGCCCUGGAUGAGCGGCUGCGUUUUGAGCAAGAGCGCAUGGAGCAGGAGAGGCAGGAGCAAGAGGAGCGUGAGAAGCGCUACCGGGAGCGUGAAGAGCAGAUCGAGGAGCAUAGGCGAAAGCAGCAGAGCCUGGAAGCAGAAGAGGCCAAGCAGCGAUUGAAGGAGCAAUCCAUCUUUGGGGAGCAGGAGGACGAUGAAGACAGGCAGCAGCCCAAAAAGUCUGAGUCGGAGGUGGAGGAGGCAGCUGCCAUUAUUGCUCAGCGGCCUGAGAACCCUCGGGAGUUCUUCCGGCAGCAAGAACGAGUGGCUUCGGCCAGCUCCGAAACACCCUCACCCUUCAACAGAACAGGCAGCCAGACGGAAACACACAGAAAGGCCUCUGCCUCUGCUAGUAGCCCCUGUGACUCCAGUACGGCUUCCACGCCAGUGGGUGAGCAGAUUGAGCGUGCCCUGGAUGAGGUGACGCAACAGGAUGCUUUAAAAGACUCCUCCAGCCCGAGCAGUGAAGAGACAGGCAUGGCAUCUGCUACAAACUGGGCUCCCCCCAGUGAAGAACAACCAGUGGAGAAAGCAGAAGAGCCUCCUGGGGCUACAGCCUGGCAAGGCCCCGACUGGACAGAACCACAGCCAAGUGGGACUGGCCCCGUUGAAGACAUGGUGCUCCCAGAGUCCAAAGAAGAGCCUCUCUUCCCAGUAGCCCCGCCUCCCAAAGAAGAGCCUCAGUUCCCAGCAGCCCCAGUCUCUGUGCAGAGCGAGGAGGCUUUGGAUCUGGGGGAGGCCUUUGGUUUUUCACAACCGCCUGCGCCUCCCUCUGAGAACAUUCUUGACCUGUGGCAGAACGACAGCACCGCUGUGGAACCCAACCCUCCGGAUGCCUGGGAGCUCCAGCAGGGUGGACCUCCCACUCCAGCCCCAUGGGAUCUUCGCGACGGGCCUCCCAUGCCUGCCCCCAUGCUGGUCGAGGUGGAUGUCCCUCCAGGGGCACCAGAGCCCCCGUCUUCUGCAGGCCUUCCUGAAGAUAACCUCUUGAACUUCAAUGACCUGCCGGAGCCCCCAGCAACUUUCUGUGAUGCGGAUCAGGAUGAGGAGCCAGCCAGCAUGAUUGCUGUUGAAGGGCUACAUCAGAUGACGCUCAGCUACCAGCAUGCCCUGCAGGAGGCCUCUGGGGUGCACCAGGAGCCCCAACUGCUCACCAAUGGGGAGACUGCCCAAAAGGAAAGCACGCAGACCAGCGAGGGCUACUUUAGCCAAUCACAAGAUGAAGAUUUUAACCAAUCAGAAGAACUCUCUGCUAAAGCUCCUCCUCCAGUGUUCUACAAUAAGCCCCCAGAGAUUGACAUCACCUGUUGGGAUGCUGACCCAGUGCCAGAAGAGGAGGAGAGCUUUGGGGGCAGUGUUUAAGGCUGACUCUCAGGCCAAACUCCUCAACCCUGCACCUAGCAAGUCCAGUGUCUGCAAGCCUGGAGCAGCCGCAGUGAGGGCCUGGUGCCCCCUUGCUCCAUAUUGUAGCCCUGCGGUCCAUGGCCUCAGAUUGUACCCCGGCCAGAUAGAAAAAUCUGGGAGGGGGGGGUAACUUUUUCCAGUGCGCGCUCUUUCUCUCUCUCUCUCUCUCUCUCUCUCUCUCUUUCUCUUUUUCUAAUGGUGUCAAAUAGGAAAUGUGUAAAUCUGCCUGGUCCCCUCUUUGUUGGUAGCUUCCCUGCAGACCCCUUUUCCUGUUGCCUUCGCCCAUGGGGAUUUUUCAGAUCCCCCCUGUCCCAAUGCCAUUUAUGCCAUUUGGGUUGAUCUCUUGGGAUGGGGGUGAGGUGUGCUGCUCUUGGGGGAGGGCGGGAGGGCCUUUCCUCCACUCAGGCUCUGCCAAGAGAGUUUUGAGUAUUUUGCACGAAUCUAAAAAUAAAAUAUGGCAAUAAAAUGGCCCUGUGUGGGCAAGGCACUGGCUUCCAUCUCUUCCCUUCUCCACUUGGUCCCCAGAGGCCUUGUUCCCAGGGAAGCAGAAGCCCUGCCCAUUCUGGGUUCCAGCAAACCUUAGCAGCGAGAGACGUUCCUUCCCCCACAGCUCAGCUCAGCUCCGCUCCGCGGCCGUCUGUCUUGAGAGCGAGCCUGUUCCAGGCCCUUCUCCUCGGGUCUUUUUAUUUGCCCUGAGAGCCUGGGACAAGGGGACACUCUGGAUGGGGCACCCUUCUCCUUUCUCUUUCUUCUCUCCUCGUCCAUUCCAUGCUUCGUUUCCUUUCCCUCCCGUACAGUAAUUGUUUUUUUUUUUUUUUUGGAAAGCACAAAUUCUGUAACAGCAAUGUGCUUAUGUAUGUUAAUAAAUAAAUUGAUUCCAAGC